GAACAAUUAAUCCUGAGAACAUAUACUUGCAAACCACUAAGAGAGAAAUAGAAGAAAGAAGAGCGAUGGCAACAGAGGAAUCCAGGACUGUGCAAGAAGCAUAUCCAAUGAUGGGUGGAGAUGGCCUCUACAGUUAUGCCAAGAACUCUACACAGCAGAGAAAAGCUACCGAUUCUGCCAAAGAACCGAUAAAGAAAGCAAUUGCAGAAAAGCUUGGCAAAGAAAUCCUACAAUCUUCCAAAACUUUCCGAAUUGCAGAUUUGGGUUGCUCUGUUGGACCCAAUACAUUCUUUGCAGCACAGAAUAUACUCGAAGCAGUUGAGUCCAAAUACAAGAGCGAAGGAUUGAAUUCACAAAUCCCAGAUUUUCAAGUUUUCUUUAGCGAUCAUACCUCAAAUGAUUUCAACCUGCUUUUCACAUCCCUCCCUCAAGACCGGCGAUAUUAUGUAGCGGGUGUUCCUGGAUCUUUCCAUGGUCGCUUGUUUCCCAAGAAUUCUCUUCACUUUGUUCAUUCUUCUUAUGCCAUUCACUGGCUUUCUAGAGCACCAAAAGAGGUGGUGAACAAAAACUCUCCUGCUUGGAAUAAGGGCCGGAUUCAUUACUCGAAUUCGGGAGAUGAAGUAGUUUUGGCUUACAAAGCUCAAUACGAUAAGGAUGUGCAGCAAUUUCUACAAGCCAGGGCACAAGAGAUUGUAUAUGGAGGAUUGAUGGUACUCAUUGUUCCUGGAAUUCCCAAUGGAACUCAUCACUCUCAAAGUCUGCCUAGUAUGAAUUUGGAGCUUCUUGGAUCUUGCCUCAUGGACUUGGCAAGGAAGGGAAUGGUUAGUGAGGAGAAGGUGGACUCUUUUAAUUUACCAAUAUAUAACAUGUCUCCCCAAGAACUAGAAGCUGCUGUUGAAAGAAAUGGAUGUUUUAGCGUAGAGGGAGUGGAAUACCUACCUCUUGUGGUACCAAAUGUUUCUGGUGAGUCUAAAAUUAACGGCCAAGUUCUUGCAUCGCAUUUGAGAGCUGCCAUGGAAGGGAUAAUCAAGCAGCAUUUUGGUGAAGAAAUCUUGGAUUUGAUCUUUGACUCUUACAGGAAGAAGAUUGAAGAGAACUCUUCCAUUUUUAAUUUUGGGAAGGCAGUCCACUUCUUUAUCAUUCUUAAACGCAUAUCAGAAAAUCAGCUUAGCUAGCUGGAAUAAAGAAGCAAAGAGGUGGAGACAAAUGAGGAGCAUCUGAUUGAUCAUUUUGUUUGCAUAUGUAGCACAAAUAAAUUAAGUUUCCUUUCUCUUAUAAUAAAACUUGGUCAUGAAGGUCCAUAUUACUCAAAAAGCUAUCUUCUAAUAUGUUGAUGUGUCCCAAUGUGAACUCCACACGUUCUUGUGAGGCGGCCGGGGCUAAUAGGAGGGUCAACUAAAUUAUUAUUAUUAUUAUAUUAUUAUUAUUACUUUGCUUUUCAAAAGAUAGUUGCAGAGACAACCAAAUGGUAAAUU